UGUAACGAGCAUACAAAACAUAAAAAAUGGCGGCCUUUGUAAAGUCGUUUUCCUGUUAUCGUAGUUUUUCGCCAAUUUCAAAAAGAUGCAUCACUCCUAGUACAACAACAAUCGCAGCGAAACAUCGUUGUACAUUUACUCAAAAUGAUGAAAAUUACGAUAUCAUUAUAACCGGUGGUGGUAUGGUCGGAACAACACUAGCUUGUGCAAUAGCUAAUAAUAGAAGACUUGAAUGUAGGAGAAUUCUUUUACUCGAAGGUGGCAAAAAAGUUGAAUACAAACCACAAGAACAAUAUUCCAAUCGUGUGGUUGCUUUAAAUCAACAGACACGUACCUUACUUUCGAGUAUAGGUGCUUGGCAACAUAUAGAAGCAAUACGGUAUUGUCCUGUACGAAAAAUGCAGGUAUGGGAUGCUUGUUCUGAUGCUAUGAUUGAAUUCAAUGAGGAUCACUUAUCAGAAGAGAUUGCUUACAUAGUUGAAAAUAACUUAUUGUUACAUGCAGUAAACAAACAAGUGGCAGAGAAAGAAAAUGUUACCAUAGUUUAUGACUCUAAAGUUGACAAUAUUAAAUUACCUGAAGUUCAAGGAGGAGAUGCAAAGAUACAAUUGCAGAAUGGAAAAAGAUAUAAAACCAAAUUAUUGGUUGGAGCAGAUGGUGCAAAUUCACUGGUACGACAGUCUAUGGGUGUACAAUAUGUGAAAUGGGAUUAUAGUCAGUUAGGUAUUGUCGCUACACUUAUGUUAUCAGAGCCGACAGAGAAUAUCGUUGCGUGGCAAAGAUUCCUGCCAACAGGUCCAAUAGCAUUACUCCCCCUAACAGAUUCUCUUAGUUCACUCGUGUGGUCUCUACCGACAAAUGAAGCAAAGAGACUUUUAAAAGUUUCUGAAGAAGAAUUUGUUGACAGCGUGAAUAACGCGUUAUGGAAACUUUACCCAAAAGAUGGUAUAGUUGAAAGUGGCUUGCGAGCCCUUCAACAGUUACUCAAAGGUUUAUCUUUACGAACGGGAGUGGCCAGACAAUUACAGCCAUCAAUAUCAGCUAUUGCAGAAGGAUCACGCGCAGCAUUUCCUUUACAGUUUGGUCAUUCAGUAUCUUACGUUGGGACAGGAACUGUUUUGGUUGGAGAUGCAGCACAUAGAGUCCAUCCGUUGGCUGGUCAAGGUGUUAAUUUAGGUUUUGGAGAUGUAACAGUAUUAGUCCAACUUCUAGCAGAGGGUGCUAUAAAUGGAGCUUCUUUGGGUGAUAUGAUGUAUUUACGGAAGUAUGAAACGUUAAGACAGCGGUACAAUGUUCCAACGAUGCUUGCCAUUGACGCAUUACACCGGUUGUAUAAAGGAACCGCGGCUCCUAUUGUCCUAGCCAGAAGUUUGGGGUUGCAACUGACGAAUGCUAUUCCUUUAGUAAAGGUGAAAGCCAUAUAA